GGUGGAUGUGGGAAGAAAAGUUUGCAGAAGUGAAAUGGAGGUCAGAGCUUCAUUACAGAAGGUUAGUGGGUCAUCGGAUUCUGUGACUACACUAAACAGUGAAGAAUUUGUUUUGGUUCCUCAGCAUGCAGAUGAUACUACUUCAAAAUAUGAUGAAAAGCCUCAACUAAAGAUAGUUUCUAAUGGUGAUGAACAAUUGGAAAAAGCGAUGGAGGAGAUAUUGAGAGAUUCUGAAAAAGGGCAAAGCAGUCCUCUUGCUGAUUAUCAAAGUUCGAGUGAGAUUUCAGACUAUUCGUUUGGAGAUGUUUCAGCCAGUCAUGCCAAUCAGCCAUCUCUUCAAUUAAUUUUGAAUCCAUCAAAUACAGAAAUUUCUACACCCAGACCAUCUUCUCCAAGUGGACUGCCUGAAGAAGAUAGUGUUUUAUUUAACAAACUCACCUACUUAGGCUGUAUGAAAGUUUCUUCUCCACGGAAUGAAGUGGAGGCUUUACAUGCAAUGGCAACUAUGAAAUCUUUCAGUCAGUAUCCUUCUCUUGUUACUCUGUAUGUGCCAAAUGUUCCAGAAGGCUCUGUGAGAAUUAUAGACCAAUCUAGAAAUAAGGAGAUAGCAUCUUUUCCAAUCUAUAAGGUGGUAUUCUGUGCACGCGGACAUGACGGGACACCUGAAAGCAAUUGCUUUUCAUUUACAGAGAGUUCACAUGGGUCAGAAGAAUUUCAGAUACAUGUUUUCUCCUGUGAAAUUAGAGAGGCAGUAAGCAGAAUUUUAUAUAGUUUCUCUACAGCAUUCAAACGUUCUUCAAGACAAGUAUCUGAUGUUAAAGAUUCAGUAAUUCCUACCCCUGACAGUGAUGUGUUCACCUUUAGUGUCUCCUUGGAGGUCAAAGAAGAUGAUGGAAAAGGGAACUUUAGUCCAGUGCCUAAGGAUAGAGAUAAAUUUUAUUUCAAAUUAAAACAAGGAAUAGAAAAGAAGGUUGUGAUUACAGUGCAACAACUUUCCAACAAAGAAUUAGCUAUUGAAAGAUGUUUCGGAAUGUUGUUAAGCCCAGGGCGGAAUGUGAAGAAUAGUGACAUGCAUUUACUGGAUAUGGAAUCUAUGGGCAAGAGCUAUGAUGGGAGAGCUUAUGUUAUCACUGGCAUGUGGAAUCCUAAUGUACCAAUAUUUCUGGCACUUAAUGAAGAAACCCCAAAAGAUAAACGAGUGUACAUGACGGUGGCAGUGGAUAUGGUCAUUACAGAGGUGGUUGAGCCUGUCCGCUUUCUCCUCGAGACAGUAGUUCGAGUAUACCCUGCAAAUGAGCGAUUUUGGUAUUUCAGCCGAAAGACUUUCACGGAGACUUUCUACAUGAGGUUGAAACAGUCUGAGGGAAAAGGCCACACCAGUGCUGGAGAUGCCAUCUAUGAGGUGGUGAGUCUCCAGCGGGAGUCUGAGAAGGAGGAGCCUGUCACUCCUACUAGUGGAGGGGGUCCAUUGUCACCCCAGGAGGAUGAAGUAGAAGAGGAAAGUGAUAAUGAACUCUCCAGUGGAACAGGUGAUGUGUCUAAAGAUUGUCCUGAGAAGAUCCUGUAUUCUUGGGGAGAAUUGCUAGGAAGAUGGCACAGUAAUCUGGGUGCACGGCCAAAAGGUCUCUCAACUCUGGUGAAGAGUGGGGUCCCUGAAGCAUUGCGGGCAGAAGUGUGGCAGUUAUUAGCGGGUUGCCAUGACAACCAGGCAAUGCUAGAUCGAUACCGACUUCUCAUCACAAAGGACUCAGUUCAGGAGAGUGUUAUUACUAGAGAUAUUCACCGUACGUUUCCUGCACACGAUUACUUUAAAGAUACUGGAGGAGAUGGCCAGGAGUCACUCUACAAGAUAUGCAAGGCAUACUCUGUCUAUGAUGAAGACAUUGGCUACUGCCAAGGACAGUCUUUUCUUGCUGCUGUGUUGCUGCUGCAUAUGCCAGAGGAACAAGCAUUCUGUGUUCUGGUGAAAAUCAUGUACGAUUAUGGUUUACGAGACCUCUACAAAAACAACUUUGAAGAUCUUCACUGCAAAUUUUAUCAGCUGGAGAGACUAAUGCAGGAGCAGCUACCGGACCUGCACAGCCACUUUUGUGAGCUGAACCUGGAAGCUCAUAUGUAUGCAUCCCAGUGGUUCCUCACUCUUUUUACUGCCAAGUUCCCCCUCUGUAUGGUCUUCCACAUCAUCGACCUACUGCUGUGUGAGGGUCUGAACAUAAUCUUUCAUGUUGCCUUGGCUCUCCUAAAGACCUCAAAGGAAGACCUUCUGCAGGCUGAUUUUGAAGGCGCUUUAAAAUUCUUCAGAGUUCAGCUUCCAAAGAGAUACAGGGCAGAGGAAAAUGCGAGAAGACUGAUGGAGCAGGCUUGCAAUAUUAAGGUACCAACCAAGAAGCUGAAGAAAUAUGAGAAAGAAUAUCAGACCAUGCGGGAGAGCCAGCUGCAGCAGGAAGACCCCAUGGAUAGAUACAAGAGGGAGAACCGGCGCCUGCAGGAGGCCAGCAUGAGGCUGGAGCAGGAGAAUGACGACCUCGCCCAUGAACUGGUCACCAGCAAAAUCGCUCUGCGGAAUGACCUAGAUCAGGCAGAGGACAAGGCAGAUGUGCUGAAUAAGGAGCUGCUCCUCACCAAGCAGCGGCUGGUGGAGACAGAGGAGGAGAAACGGAAGCAGGAAGAGGAGACAGCUCAGUUGAAGGAAGUCUUCAGGAAACAGCUGGAGAAGGCAGAAUAUGAGAUAAAGAAGACCACAGCCAUCAUUGCUGAGUAUAAGCAGAUCUGUUCCCAGUUGAGUACCAGACUGGAAAAGCAGCAAGCAGCCAACAAGGAAGAAUUGGAAGUGGUCAAGGGUAAAAUGAUGGCAUGUAAACACUGCAGUGACAUUUUCAGCAAAGAGGGUGCUUUGAAACCUGCUGCUGGAAGCAGGGAGGACCAGGGAAUGGAGUCAGACGAUGAGAAGGACUCACUUAAGAAGCAGCUGAGGGAGAUGGAGCUGGAAUUGGCACAAACCAAACUGCAGCUUGUGGAAGCCAAGUGUAAAAUCCAGGAACUUGAACACCAGAGAGGAGCUCUUAUGAAUGAAAUCCAAGCUGCAAAGAACUCUUGGUUUAGCAAAACCCUGAACUCUAUCAAAACAGCAACGGGCACUCAGCCACUGCCCCCGCUGCCGCAGGCCAGCCAGCCUCCCAAAGAAAGCACAUAGAACCAGCACAAGAGCACACCAAUCAAAGCGACAGAAACCCUCGAGGCCUCUCCCAGGCCCCUCUGAAAGGAAGUGAAGGAGGCCAAAAGCCAGCCAGCACCUUUCAGUAGCUCCCUUGCACCCAUGGUCCUUCUUGGGGCCAUGUGCACAGCACCCUGAUUUCUAUUGCAUACAUGUUCACAUGUGUUCAUAUGCCUACGUGGACGGCCAUGUUCAGAGCCAUCAGUGUUGCACAUCUUUUAUCUGCCUGAAGUUUUGUUGGAAAUAAGUAAUUCAGAACUAAAUACCUUUUACUUAGACUUACUCAUAAUUAUUUUUAUCGUGCAUAAGAAUGGAGAUGUCUUUCACUCCAAUGUUAAAAGUGAUAGGAAAAUAUCACAGCCAAAAGCAAAGAAAUCCACGUAAACAAGAGAUUAAAAUCUAAUCCUCUUGGUUUUUCAGGAUUUACUGGGAUAAAGCA